AUGUCAAACAGUCUCCCAAAUGAAGUUAUCGCCGAAAUCCUAUCACGAUUGCCCGUGAAGUCGGUGAUCAGAUUCAGGUGCGUUUCCAAGACAUGGUGCUCUCUCAUCUCCAGCCCCCAUUUCAUCGCCACCCACCUCAGCCGCGCUCUUUCCAACCCCCAAUACCCAUCCAACCUUGUGUUCCACCAUUUCGACUACCCAUUCAAGAAAGACCGAUCCCCUGCCAUCCGCAUCCACCUGCUGUCUCUUGAUGCAGAAGUACAAAAGAGAAGUUUGGUCACUCAAGAAUUUGAUGUCAGUGACAAAAAAGAUCCAUCAAAUUUCAUGGUAUCGCGUUGCUCGUACGAUUGCAUGGAAGUAAUUGGUUCGUCUAACGGCCUAUUUUGUCUCACCAGUGGUUUUGAUUCAUACGUUCUCUGCAACCCUUGUAUUCAAAAAGCCAUAUCCAUUCUGCACCCUAAUAUUGGCCCUCGGGGAUUUGAACCCGAAACUCAUGGCUUUGGGUAUUGCCCCAGGACUGACGAUUACAAAGUGGUGAGGAUUGUAUAUGUCGAAGGCACCACUCAUUCUCUGGUUGAGAUUUAUACGCUUCGAACUGGUGCAUGGCGCUCUUUUACGGCCCCCGGUCCUCCCUACUACUUUAGAGAACCCAUGAGCGGAGGCUAG